UUCGGGCAGUAGUCAGGGGACACCCUGAACUGGUUGCCAGCCAAUCGCCGGGCACACAGAGAUGAAUAACCAUACAUGCUCACACUCACACCUCAGGACAAUUUCAAGGAUUUCAUUAACCUGCCAUGCACGUUUUUGUAAUGUGGGAGGAACCCGCAGAGAACCCGCGCAGGCACGGGACAGCAUGCUCCACACAGGAACAGAACUAAGCCAAUAAAUACCCCACACAACAAAAUAACUACCAUAUGUAAGCAGCACACUCUUAAUUCAAAACGUGUAGAGGAGGCACAAUUCCCCUGAAAUACAGUUUCAACCCACUCACCUGUACAUGAUUUAAUGUCAUACAAAAUCAAGAUUCAUGCUUGCUCCUUUCAUGUGGAUGCAGAACCAAGUGCAAAUUCUGAAAUAAAAACCCUUUAAGGCAAAGGACUUAGAACAGAAGGCUUGGUCUAUGUGUGUGCAUCGUCACACUUAUUCUCUAAUCAGGAGACAAGACACGCUUGUGGUUGUGCGGCCACUUCAAACGAUGCUCUUGAAUUCAGAUUAGUCAAGACACACCAACACAUGCACAUACACACUAUUUGCAUUUUAAAAGAUUCUUUUGUCUGAGCUUGAGUGUCAUGUGAUCAUCCAAGAGAUGUUAGACUUGCUCACCGUUUUUUAGGAUUCGUCUUCACAACCAGUGCUGCCUCAAUCACAUACGUAUCGUGUGAAUGGAUGAAGAUUUCUGCAUGAGCUAAACAUUAAAAUCAGGAGAUUUACCAGCAUGCCACGUCCAGUGUAUGAUUCACAAAGGUUAUCUGUGAAAACAUGGACAGAGGAAGACAGUGACCAGGACAGCCCACUUAGCAGAGGGCAGUCGAGGUGUGAUGACACUUCCUCAGAACUACAGAGAAUGGCGGCCAUUGACAGGAAAGAUGUCACACCACAGAAUUCCCUCCAUGGCCAAGGUGCUCUAUCCAGGAUAGUGAACAUGGUGAUGACUCUCAGAGAAUGGGCUCAGAAGAGCACGGCCGAGGAGAGAGAGCGACCCGAUUCUUUUUUGGAGCGUUUCCGGGGCCCCGCUCACUUGGACGUACAUGCCCCGUCGAGCCGUUUUAGCCACGGUCACAAUGGCUCAGACAGUGAAAUGAGACGCACAAAAAGGAAGAGGAAGUGUAACAAUGUCACCUUAUCGCCGUCGGAUGAUGUGUAUUACCACUGGCUGAUGGUGAUUGGUCCUGCUGUUUUUUAUAACUGGACCCUAUUAGUUGUCAGGGCCUGUUUUGACGAGCUGCAGACGAGGAACGUUUUGGUGUGGCUGGUCUUGGACUAUAUCUGCGACGGGGUCUACAUCUUUGACAUCGCUGUUCGUCUCCAUACAGGUUUCCUGGAGCAAGGACUGAUGGUGAAGGACGGCCACCGUUUGCGGGAAACCUACAUCCGAACCUUACAAUGUAAGCUGGACAUCUGCUCCAUCCUUCCAACCGAUCUGUUGUAUUUGACUUUCGGAGUCAGUCGCACUCCCCUUCUUCGAUUCAAUCGUCUGCUGCGCCUGCCACGGCUCUUUGAGUUCUUCGAACGGACUGAAACGAGAACAGGCUACCCAAAUACCUUCCGCAUCGGUAAACUUGUCGUCUACAUCCUGGUGAUCAUCCACUGGAAUGCCUGCGGAUACUACAGCUUCUCCAAGAUCCUGGGACUGGGUUCCGACUCCUGGGUUUAUCCCAAUGCCUCGGAUCCGGAGUACGCCUCCCUGACCCGAAGUUACAUAUACUGCCUGUACUGGUCCACUUUGACGCUGACUACCAUCGGAGAGACCCCACCUCCUGUGAGAGAUGAGGAGUAUCUCUUCCUAAUAUUUGACUUUCUGGUAGGCGUUCUGAUUUUUGCAUCCAUUGUGGGGAAUGUCGGAGCUAUGAUCUCAAAUAUGAAUGCCACAAGAGCAGGCUUUCAGGCGCGUGUAGAUUCUCUGAAACAUUACAUGCACUUCAGGCAUGUCAACAAGGUUUUAGAACAGCGUGUCAUUCGGUGGUUUGACUACCUCUGGACCAAUAAGAAGACUAUCGACGAACAGGAAGUGCUGAGGAGCUUACCGAGUAAACUGAGAGCAGAGAUUGCAAUCAACGUUCACCUGGACACACUGAAGAAGGUGCGUAUUUUCCAGGACUGCGAGGCAGGUCUCUUGGUAGAGUUGGUGCUCAAACUUCAACCACAGGUUUUCAGUCCAGGAGAUUACAUCUGUAGAAAGGGAGAUGUGGGUAAAGAGAUGUAUAUCAUUAAAGAUGGCCGCCUUGCUGUGGUGGGGGAGGAUGGAGCCACGCAGUUAGCUGUCCUCACAGCAGGGAGCUGCUUUGGAGAGAUCAGCAUCCUGAAUAUCAGCGGCAGCAAGAUGGGGAACCGACGCACGGCUAAUAUUCGCAGUCUGGGGUACUCAGACCUUUUCUGCCUUUCCAAACAAGACCUGAUGGAUGCACUGCAGGAGUUCCCCCAUGCCAGGGCUCAACUGGAGCAGAGGGGUCGGGAUAUUCUGCGGAAGGAGGGGCUGUUGGAAGAAGUCAAUGUAUCUGCAGGGGAGGAGUUGGAGGAGAAGGUGGAGAGGUUGGAAACCAGUGUGGAUCGACUACAGACAAGUUUGGCACGUCUGCAGAGUGAGUUCAACUCUGCACAGCUUCGAAUGAAGCAGCGAAUGACAGCCCUCGAGCACAACAUCACCACGGUAACUACAGGCAGUGGCUUUCUGUCAGACACAGACGGCAACGACAGCGCAUCUGGUGGCGGCGGGUUACGCAGCCAAAUAAAUAUUCAGCUUUAAAUAAUCCAUAGAAUAAUAAGUCUUUUAGUAUGUAGAGCUCAUUAAAAGGAAAUAAUCAUAUUUUGUAUUUAUAAAUUAAAUUGUGGAAUAAGUUUUCUUGAAUGAUUGAUAAUUUUAUUUCAUCCUCAAUUAUUUCUGAAAUAUUGUUUCUGAUGACUGAUUUCAUCUAUACGUGACAUAACGAAAUGAAAAUGCCACAGGGUGCUCCAAACCGUUUCAUUAUUCUCUAUUUUAAUUGAUCGUAUUCCUGGUGUGACUGUCCUAUAUGCUACUGCAUUCUGAGAUUUAUAAGCUUCCAUUACUACAAAAGAUAGCAUUUUAAUGAUUGCUGGUUUUCACGUGACUGCAAAUGACGCCACUAACCGAUUUCUGAAGAAUUUUACAAGUCUCUCAGUAUAUUGGAAUUUCACUGAACAUCUCAAUGCCUGAACACAUCAUAAAGUUAACAUACAUUGAAUGGUUGACAUAAGCAUUGUUAAUAUUUGUCAAGUAGAUAUUUUUCUGUGGUUGUUGGCCUCAAUAAGACAGUUUGUCUUCUCUGCGGGAUUCCUCAUGGGGCCGUCUUAGGGCUCAACCUUUUUGGACUCUAUGUUCUUCUCAGAGCUGUCUUAAGCAAAUCUUAAUGUAUUUCAAGGCAAUUGUGUGCAGAUGAUCUUUCGAUUAAUUUUUCAAUCUUCAUGGUACCAGUGGCAUUAAUUGCACUGCAUGACUGCAGUUACAGGAACGGUUGGAUGGCUCACAACUCAUUUCAAUUAAGUAUGGCAAAACUCAAGUCGUGUAUUAAUUGUUGGCACCUGUUUUGGGCCACUUUUUAAAAAAGAUGGGCCCCAGUUUGAUAAACCUUAGUCGUAUUCAUGCUUUUCAAUGAACACAUUAAAACGGUUAACUGUUUCCUGUUUUUUCCUCAUCAAGAAUAUUUCUACACUUGUGCCCAUUUGAAGACAUUCUGAAUUAUAAAUGAUGAAUGGAAUCUUUCGAUAUAUUUCUUUUUGUGUUGUGAAAUGAUUUCCCGUCACCUUGCAGACCCAUCUGUCUGUUAUUGGGACAGACCGCAUCUUAUUGGCCUCCGCACAAAAUGAAAAACUAGAGGUUGUAUAUCUUGCAACCUGCUGCUCAUAAAUUGUGGAAUGCACUUUUUGUGCUAAGAUCUGCCUGUUCUGUUGACAUCUUGAAAAAGCUGUUAAAAGCACAUUGGUUUCACCAUUACAGUUUUACUUGAUUGUUUUGAUUUGUUUGAUUGCAUUAACUGUAUAGUUUGUGAUUGUGUAUUUAAACCAUGUGAAUUGCUUUGUGUGAGAAUUCCACGUCAAUAAAAGUUGCUUAUGUACAGUUCUAUGGAUUUACAAGCCCCAAACUAGAUGGGUUUCAUUAGCCUUUUUAAGCUGCAUUAAUACAAGCUACUGUUUCAUUUUGAUUUUUGAUGAUGCAUCAUUAUUUUUAUUCAUGAGUAUGAUUUUCAAAAUUGUGAUAUCUGUAUCGCUGUCAAAAAUAAAUAAUGACACUGCGGGGAAAACGGUAAUGAAAA